AGGAGCUGCCAUCGCUUUGUCACUGCUUGUCAUUUUCUGGUCAGAGCUACCAACUUGCUCCUUCCAGAAGACAAACUGAUUGAGAAGGUCUUUCAUCCUGGCUUCUGGAUUUCAUGCUAGACUGAAAAUACAUUUAUGUGGCUAAGCAUCUCAAAAACUUGCUGCAAGAGAAUCUGGCUUCAGCUGGGAAUGAAAACUGAGCUAAAAGGGAAACGAUGAGAUAUCUUGCUUCCUUCUCAUCAGACAGGGGAGCUUGUUGAAUUUCAAGUUGGUGGUUGUGGCACCAAGAAUAAGCCAACAGCAAGGUGCAUGAAGCUCUCAAACGCUGACCAUCGGCUUGGCUACCAACUCCUUCCAGGCAUGAAUGAAAGUAGACCAUUGUUCUAGUAGACGAGUUUCUAGAUACGUUUAUCUAAAUGAAGAUGUGCUAAUUGAUUUUUUGGCAGCUUACAUGACACUCAAUGCAUUGAAAAAGUAAUUGACUUCAUAUAGGUGUCAUGACAGUGACACGGAGAGCUCAUACCUUAACAGUCUUGUUCAUCCUCACGUGUGCGCUGGGCUACGUAACCUUACUUGAGGAAACACCGCAAGAUACAGCCUACAAUACAAAGAGAGGUAUUGUUGCCAGUAUAUUGGUUUUCUUAUGUUUUGGAGUUACACAAGCUAAAGAUGGACCAUUUUCAAGACCUCAUCCAGCUUACUGGAGGUUUUGGCUGUGUGUCAGCGUGGUGUAUGAGCUCUUCCUCAUCUUUAUCCUCUUUCAGACUGUACAAGAUGGCAGACAGUUCAUGAAGUACAUUGAUCCACAUUUAGGGGUUCCUUUGCCAGAAAGAGACUACGGUGGCAACUGCCUUAUUUAUGAUCCCGGCAAUGAAACCGAUCCAUUUCACAAUAUCUGGGACAAGCUGGAUGGAUUUGUUCCUGCUCAUUUUUUUGGCUGGUACCUGAAAACAUUGAUGAUUCGAGACUGGUGGAUGUGUAUGAUUAUCAGUGUAAUGUUUGAGUUUCUGGAGUACAGUCUGGAACACCAGCUGCCAAACUUCAGUGAAUGCUGGUGGGAUCACUGGAUAAUGGAUGUGAUCUUAUGUAAUGGAUUGGGAAUUUACUGUGGGAUGAAGACGCUGUCUUGGCUUUCUUUGAAAACAUACAAAUGGCAAGGACUUUGGAACAUUCCUACGUACAAGGGAAAAAUGAAGAGAAUUGUCUUCCAGUUCACCCCAUAUAGCUGGGUGAAGUUUGAGUGGAAGCCAGCAUCCAGCUUACGCAGAUGGCUAGCAGUUUGUGGCAUAAUCUUUGUAUUUUUAUUGGCAGAGCUGAACACAUUUUACUUGAAGUUUGUCCUUUGGAUGCCACCAGAACACUACUUGGUCCUGUUACGACUUGUCUUUUUUGUCAAUGUGGGAGGUGUGGCUAUGAGGGAGAUCUACGACUUCAUGGACGACCCGAAGUUCUAUAAGAAGUUGGGUCAGCAGGCAUGGCUGGUUGCUGCUAUUACUGCCACGGAGUUUCUGAUCGUCGUGAAGUACGAUCCCUAUACGCUCACGCUUUCUCUUCCUUUCUACAUCACCCAGUGCUGGAUCUUGGGGAUUAUACUUGUGCUCACUUGGACAGCCUGGCGUUUCUUCAUUCGUGACAUCACUUUGCGGUAUAAGGAGAUAAGGCGACAGCAGCAAGAGCACAAAUAUGAAAAGGACAAAUGCUUGAGCAAUGGUGAUGGACUCUCAUCGAUACUGGAUGAACAAAAUGGGAACAAACUAAGGGAGAGGAAACUUUGAGCAACAGAUAAAGGGCUAAAAGGAACUCGUAGUGCUCAAGUUGGCCUGGACAGUUUCAACCUUAUCCUACCUAACUUGUAAUUUUUAUUGUUAGCUUUCCAAAGUGUGAAAAUCCUCUCGAGGGGAAGAUGUCACUUUGACACACACACCCUUUCUCCUCGUGUACACCUAGUCAGAGUCGGAGAAAGUCUGUGUAGAGGGAAGUCAGAACCAAAACGGUUGCGACGCGAUGGGAUCUUCAUUCAGGCGUGUUGUAUGUCUUCCUUGAAACCAGGGUUUGGAGACAAGGGGCUUUCAAACAAAGCGCAAAGGGAAUCUAGCUGAUCUAUUCCCAGUAAACUGUGAGAUUCUGAUUUUGACGUUUGGGCAUUAGGAACACUUGUUUUGGAGUGUACAGAUACCAGACACAGGAAAGGAUUUUAUUUUUUUUUUUCUGCUGAAACUACCUUGAGCUGUGGAGUAAGAUUGUGUAAAGUGUUCAGCCACCAACUGACAGAACUGCAGUGAGAAAAACAGAUAAACUGAAACUUGUGAACAAGUUGCGUAACUUGCACAGAAUGUAAUACAGUACACUACUGUUACAGCCCCUGUAGUACGGGGGUUAUUGCCUUUCUCUAAACUGACUUUCCACAUCCUGGAAUAGCCUACAAUAGUUUUAUGUUGUAUCACAGCUCUAGGGAGACAGACAACUUCUCCUUAGUUCUCUUUUUUUAAAAAAAAAUUUCUUUUAGUCUUAGUCAUCUCUUAAAUGUAAGGGAAGGGUAAAUAAGGAAGGUCAACCUGCCUUUCCUUUGCUUCAUGGAGUAAAAUAUAUUGCAAGCAGAAAGCUGGGAGUUACUCCGUCAGUCUUAAGUUAUUUGCCUUAUUGUCGGCUCUUUUAGUUUGCUUACCAAGAGGGUUUCGUUCUCUGUGUCUGCUGCAGGGGCAGGUCAGGUUCUGCCACCCCCAGAGCUGCCCCGUUCCUGCCGAGGUACCUCCAGGCUGAGCGAUCUCCCGUGUCCAGCUGGAAGAGGCUUCUCCGCAGCCCCUCACCCCAGAGCUGCCGGGAUGUGCCAGCCCCGGGGAGAGCACAGCGAGGCAGCGGCGGCCUCCCGAGCAGCUGCGGGGGUCUGCAGGCCAGGCCAGGCAGCGGUACUGCUGGUGACUCAGCAUCUAGGAAGAGAAACUGGAAACCUGGGCUGCUUUUUCUUUUUCUUUGGGGGUCAUUAUUUCAAAAUGUUAAGUGCUACACUAAGCAUCAGUUUUGUAACCUCUGCUCUAAGGCUUUGAGUUGGCGUCUGAGGCACUGAUGUAACUGUAACCAUGUCACUUUUUAAAUACUGUGAUCUAAUCUGGCUGUUAAGGGAUAUUUUUCAGGGAGGUGUUUAUCCAGAAGAAAGUGACAUAAACACCCCCGGUAAAAUUUCAAGAGCGCAACUCCAAAUUUUUUAAGUGGCAGGAGACUUGCAGAGCUGCUAACUAGCAAACAUCCGCAUUUUUGAUCUGGUUUUGUCUUGUGUGGGAACACCAGCCCAAACCUGCAUUUCUCCCGUGUUUACAGUGACCCAGGUACUUUCCACCCCGAGCAACUGGGCACUGCCUUCAGUUAAUGAAGCGGUUUGGUUGCAUCUGGAGAGCUCAACAAAUGAAGGAGAGGCGGUGGGCCGGGGGCUGCCCCAGCUGCUGGCAGAAGCGGUGGAGGGUGACCGGUACGAGAGGUGGCAUCGGGCUUCUCUUGAGUCACUCAGGGGCUGCUCGGAAAUGAUCCUGUGGUGCUGCUGUGAGGUAGUGAAGAAUAUCUGGCUGUGUAACUAGGUGCUGACAGUUUGAAAACGGGCAGAAAGUGCAGAGUUAAGUAUUUAUUUCUAUGCCUUCCCAGCCAGAGUCGUUCUAGUUCCAGCUCUAGCCCAGCCUUACCAACUGUUCCCUGACUGUUUGGUAGCUCGUACCAGUGUGUUGUGCUCGUGUGGUCCCAGCUGAGCGAGGCUCAGGUCAGGCUGUCUCCAUUCUCCUUGUGCUGAUGAACACUGGCCCCCCUCGAUCGCUUUGCCCACGACCUCCCAGGCCCGUCUCACAGUUCGGGUGGUAGCAGGCACCCCCAGGAGGGACCUUCCUCCUCCCUUCCCCACCAAAGACCCUCCCCCGAGGUACAUUUGAAACAACUGGUGAGGAAUAGCGGGUGCUCGAGGUGUUCUGCAUCUGUCCCCUGGUAACGGCUCUGGAGCUUUGACCUAAUACAUAAACCACUGACUUGUUUGUCUACACUCAUCUCAACAGCUUUUAUGGUUAGUCUGGAUAACCGAACCGGUGUAAUAAAGCGAUGUUUGCUGGUGUGUUCUUUGGUA